GCACGGACCACGGUUGGAAGGCGGAGCGUUAUCAUCAGCCAACGCUGCUUCAUUUUUUUACAUCUUUAACGAGCAACCACAAGGCAGCUGCCUCCACACGGUUAGAGAGGCAGCGCACAGGCCAAUCGCUCGUACAAAAUGCCGUUCGACCUGGACGCAUGCAUAUCCUCGCUGCUCAACAAGCAGCUGCUGGGCGAAGCGCUGCUCAAGGAGAUCUGCGAAAAGACCAAGGAGCUUCUCAUGCGCGAGAGCAACGUCGUGCACAUAUCUGCGCCUGUUACUGUCGUUGGGGACAUACAUGGACAAUACUACGAUCUGAUUGAGAUCUUUCGGAUAGGCGGCUACUGCCCGCACACGAACUAUCUUUUUCUGGGGGACUAUGUCGACCGGGGCCUCUUCUCUGUCGAGACCAUCUCGCUGCUGACGUGCCUCAAGUUGCGAUACCCAGACCGCGUCCAGCUGAUCCGGGGCAACCACGAGUCGAGGGCGGUGACGCAGACGUACGGCUUCUACACCGAGUGUACGCGCAAGUACGGAAGCGCAAACGUCUGGACGUACUUUACGGACAUGUUCGACUUUCUCACGCUCAGCGUCGUCAUUGACGAUCGGAUAUUCUGCGUACAUGGAGGUUUGAGUCCAAGCGUACAUUACAUUGACCAGAUCAAGAUCAUCGAUCGCUUCAGAGAAAUUCCGCACGACGGGCCGAUGGCGGAUCUAGUAUGGUCCGACCCGGAUCCGGACAAGGAAGAGUUUGCACUCUCGCCGCGCGGUGCGGGUUACACGUUCGGUGCGUCGGUCGUGAAGCACUUUCUGGAGCGCAACAACAUGUCGCACAUCCUACGCGCGCACCAGCUGUGCAUGGCCGGCUUCAGCGUAUUAUACGACGACCGCCUGUCCACCGUCUGGAGCGCGCCGAACUACUGCUAUCGGUGCGGCAACCUCGCGAGCAUCCUCGAGGUCGGCCCCGGCGGGACGAGGCACUUCAACACGUUCGAGGCUGCGCCCGAGAAUGAGAUCGAUGGCCCAGCGCAGGCGCAGCAGAACAGCCAAAAGUACGACUCUGUCAAUUACUUCUUAUAGAGCCAUAGCAAGUCGACGGCGACGACGACGACGAUACCACCAGCCGUGUUCUCGCAUCAACGAUGGAGAUGCAGCUCUGCGCGUACCUAGCAUGCUCGGGGGCAUCCCCACGUCUGUGCGCCCUAUCUACCACGCCGAACGCCCA